ACGAUGGCCUGAAGCUUAAAAACUGGGCAACGGCAGUGGGUGAGGGGUCCAGUCCGCAGGACAGCGGGAGAACGGAGCCACAGGGAGGGCUGGGGGCAGUCGUGGAAGCAGAUGAUAAGGGCCCGUGUCCAAGAGGGAGGCAGUUCCAGGGCAGCAGGCGUCCCUAUCGGACGGGCCUUUCCUCCCCGUUCCCGAGCCCUUCCUGCCCCGGGCAGCCCCUCCCUGGAGCUGAAGAGCGAAGGACGCAGUCGCACCCAGCAAGCAGCCUGUCGGAGGUCUCCGCGCCUGCCCGCCAUGUCUCUCCUGCCUCUCCUGCUGCUGCUGCUGCGGCCGCCCCCCGCACACCCCAACGCCAUCUGCGAGUUCUCCAACGUGACCAGCCAGCUGGAAGUGAACUGCGACAAGCUGGGGCUCAAGGCGCCGCCUUCGGACCUGCCGGCCGCCACGGCCAUCCUGCACCUGAGCGACAACCCCCUGGGCGCCUUCUCCACGGCCUCGCUGGCGUCGCUGGCCCGGCUCGCGCAGCUGCACCUGAGCCGGAGCCAGCUGAGCCAGCUGCAGGCCGACGGGCCGCUGCCCGCGCUCGAGACCCUGGACGUGUCCCACAACGCGCUGCGCAGCCUGCCCCCGCUGGGGGGAGCGCUGCCGGCCCUCGUCACCCUCGACGCGUCCUUCAACGAGCUCACCUCGCUGUCCCCCAGCGCCCUGGACGGCCUCAGCCGCCUCCACGAGCUCUUCCUGCGCGGCAAUAAGCUGAAGAGUUUGUUGCCGGCGCUGCUGGGGCCCGUCCGCCAGCUGAGGAAGCUCGACCUGGCAGACAACAGGCUGAAGGAGCUGCCCCCGGGCCUCCUGGACGGGCUGGACCAGCUGGACACCCUCUAUCUGCAGGGGAACUGGCUGCGCACCGUCCCCAAGAACUUCUUCGGGACCCUCCUGCUGCCGUUCACGUUUCUGCACGGCAACCCCUGGUCCUGCGACUGCGAGAUCCUCUACUUCACUCACUGGCUGCAGAGCAACCCCACCAACGUCUACGUGUGGAAGGAGGUUCUGGAUGUCAAGGCCAUGGCUCCCAACGUGGGAAGCGUGCGAUGCGUCAACCUGGACAACAAGCCCGUCUACGCCUUCAAGGGGAAGGGCUGCACCCCCAUCGGGGACACAGACUAUGACGACUAUGGGGAAGAGGAGGUGACUUCCCCCAGCGUUACGGCCGCGCCCCCCACUAUCACUGCAGCCCACGUGUCCCGCGGGCCCCCGCUCUGCUCAGAGUCUGCGGCUUCUCCAGACAGCCAACCGCCCUAUCCGCCUUCCACCCAACAGCCUACUGAGAGUGAGAGUACGCUCCCAACCACCCCGGAACCCACCACGCCCCCCACCUCCCCCACCGCACCCCCCACCGUCCACGGGGUGGCUCAAGGGAAUGCAGACAGCCCCAGACAUGACGCCUCACUCCACCCUGACUCCUGCUGCCUCCUCCCCCUGGGCUUCUAUGUCUUGGGUCUCCUCUGGCUUCUGUGUGCCUCCGUGGUCCUGAUCCUGCUACUGACCCGGGCCCCGCGUGCGAGGCCACAGGCCCUGGCCGCAGCCACGCAUGCCACGCAUCUGGAGCUGCAGAGGGGAAAGCAGGUGACCGUACACCGGGCCUGGCUCCUCCUCCUCGGGGGCGCACUGCCCACCUUCCGCUCCAGUCUCUUCCUGUGGGUGCGGGCAAACGGCCGCGUGGGGCCUCUCGUGGCGGGACGGCGGCCCUCGGCCCUGAGUGAGGGUCGUGGCCAGGACCUGCUGGGCACCGUGGGCAUUAGGGGGGCGGCACCCCUCCACACAGCCACAGCUGUCCGCCCCGGGAGCAGCCCCCCUGCCUGUAGCUUGCAGGCCCAGGCCCGAGGCCCGGAGGGGCGUGGCGUGCCCACUUUGAUCACCGCCUCUGAGCCUCUGCUCUCCUGCCGGCCGGGAGAGCUGCCCGUCCCGCCCGCGCACCACCAGCACCGGCCGUGCCAGGCCAGAUGCCCCACGGUUCACAAGCUCUACCCCUUACCCUGCAACGGUCGGCUGCGCUCUCCCCUUUCCGCGUGCCCUGGGCCCUCCUCCCCCCUGGACUCGGAACCUCGUAAGGACAAGGUCCAGGCUCCCGGUGUCUCAGAGCGGCCACCACGGCGCAAGCCAGCAGACGCCUGGCGAGGCUUCUGCCGUCUCCUGUCCCCUCAGCUCUGCCUUGGUUUACCCACCGAGAAGGCGAGUCCUCUGCUGUCCUACGUGCCCUGA